AUGUUCUUCACAUAAACUAAAUUUCAUAAACUUAGUUCUUAGAAAGAAUUAUUAGCUAAGAUAUAAGAGUUCGAAAUUAACACGAAUUUUGAUUCUCCAAGAACUUAGAAAGCGUUGUUGAAAAUGAAUAAGACUAAAUAUGACUUUAGAAGGAAGAAUAAGUUUGAAAAACAUAAUGAGUUAGAUUAUAGAAAUAAAAGGAAUAAUAAAUCUUUGGAUUAGUAAUCACUUGAUUUUGAAUAUGAGACUUAUUUAGAGUAAUUAUUAAAUGAUUAUAUGGAACUGAAAGAGUAAAGGAAACAAAUAAAAGAAUGGUUUCAAAAAAAAUAGUAAGAAGAAGAUGAAUUACGUGGAUAUGAACAUAUACCAUUUAAUAGUGUACAUUCGACAAGUAGAUUUCCAUGUUAAACCAUAACAAUCGAUGAUAAAAUUGGCAAAAUAAACUAGGAAAGAUAGAGGCAAUUAAGUUUAAACAAUGCUGAAGUGAAAGAAGCUUUAUUGUUUGAAUUAGAUAGACGCCAGUGGGAAUAAGAAUCUCUAGAAAGAAGACAGAAAAAUGCAUAAAUGAGAUCAGCUAAAAUUAUGGAAAUUAAGAUGAAAGCUUAGGAAUAAAAUAAGAAGGCUAAACAGAAAUGUGAAACAUAGAAAAAAAUAAAAGAAGUGUAAAUAGAAGAAGAUUUAGCCAAGGCAAAAGAAUUUUAAGAGAAACUAAAUCAAAAAGAUAACGAAAUAGCAACUAAGAAAUCUACUAUAAUUAUGGAGAAGAUUGAGAAAAAUAAAAAAUUAGAAGAGAAAAUAUUAUUUAGAAAAUCUUUGUUAAAACACGAAUAAUCAGAAACUUAACUUUAAAAUAUUAGAAAAGACACUCAAACUGAAGAAAAUAGAGUAAAAUCAGUUGAAAGAUAAGCGAAAGAUAGGUAAGAUAAACAAUUGAGAUAUGAAUACUAAUUAAUGAGGAUUCAUGAAAAAAGUGCAUUAUCAAAAGCCAUUUGGGAAUCUGAAUUGUGUAAUAAUUUAGGAUAAAAAAUGAUAUCUAUAGAAGAAUAGAAAAAAAAGAAUGAAGAUCUUAUAAAAAAAGAGGCUAAUAAAAUGUCAAAGGAAAGGAAAGAUAAAAUGAAAAAACAUUAAUAAAAUCUAGAAUAAGUUCAGGAAGAAUAAAAGCAAUGGUAAAUGAAGUUAUAAGAGAAAUUGCAAAACAAAGAUGAAAUUUCAAAGAAAUUGAGAAUGAGUAAAUUAGAAGAAAUAAAACAAUUAAGAGAAUAAAAUGUUUAAAACUAAAGAGAAUAAUUGUAGAAACUAGAGUUGAGAAGGAGAAAACAAUUUAGUUAAUAAGAUUUGUUGUUGGAACGAUCUUUAAAUGCUUAGAAAAAAAUGGAAUAAUAAAAAAAUGAGUAAGAAAAGGUCUUAUUUUAUUUAUUGAAUUCAAAAUAAAAGAUAGACUCAGAAAUUAGUAAUAGGCAAUCAAAAUUAAAACUGAUACAUUAAUAGUCAUCAGUUUAACUAUUAGAGUAUGGUUUAUUCUUAUCAUUAUGUAGAUAAUUGAAAGACCUUGUGCCAGAGUCAGAAUUCAUUGAAUUACAGAAGUAAUAUAAAAUUACUAAAAAGCCUUAAACUGCAAAUCCAUAAACUAUGAAUAAAUUGUGA